AUGCAGGACAACCAAACCCGUCUCAUCGGUGUCCUGCAGUCCCAUCGGGUCAAGACCCUCAGGGAUAUCCGUCACAUUGAGAGGAUCCUCAUGCAGAACACCACGCCGGAAGCGAUUGAAGCCAUGGCCGAUGCCUGGACCUACUACGUCCAAUCCAACAACCUGCUCAGCGAGCUGCGCGGCCAGACCAAGAACUAUCCGUUCAGCUCCGAGUGUCUUGACGAGGCGAAAACACUCGUGUUGGAGGAUCCUAACCGUGCCCGCAGCUGGAACCCCUGCUGGCUGGUCUUGACCAAGAUCGCUGAAUCGAACCUCAUUGCCAAACAUGCCCACGACCUGGCUUCUCGUCCGGCAAUGUGGGGUAUCAUCACUCCGCUCGAGGCAAACGUCCAGCAGCUGGAGAGGGCCUGUAUGGAGGAAUGGACGAGCGCUGUACAGCGGAUGUUGCGACACUGGGAAGUCCCACCCUUGCAGGAGGCUCAGUAA